UUUCUCGUCGUCUCCGUUGCGUUGCCACUCCUGCCCACCCACUCGCUCCGUCCCGUCCAUGUGGCGUCGCCACCUCCGCUUUAUAUAAUAAGCCCUUCCCCACCCCCUCGGUCACCUCGUCUACUCUGUUCGCUCUCUCGGCUUCUCCCCUCCUGACGUCCCUCUUACAGAGAAAGCUUCCUGACAUGGCCGUGCAAGCGCAAUUCGGCGGCCUCACCGGGUGCUUGGCCGAGGAGCAAAUGCGGGCGCUGAGGAACUACGACACGCUCUUGUCCGCCGCGGAGGCCGCGGGCAACAACGGGUGCCAGUGCAACUGCGCCGGCGUGCUCAGCGGCUCGCAGAGCGAGCUGACUUGUAAUGGUGGUAGUGGGGUGGUGGUGUCGCGGAAGCGCAGCAGGGAGAUUGAGCCCGAGCAGUACGUGUCGACCUCGUCGGCGGCGUUGCUGCCGAUCCCGGGGUUGCAGAAGUUGGCGAUCGUGGGCGCGGCAAGCAGGAUGGUGGAGUCGGGGGUGACGUCGACCUAUGGCCGGCCCCCGGCGGCGUCGGUGGCGGACGCGCUGGUGUCGGAGCUGUGCCUGCAGGGCGCGGAGAUCGACGCGCUGGUGCGGGCCGAGUGCGACCGGCUGCGCGCCGGGCUGGAGCAGGCGCGCAAGCGGCAAUGCCAGGCUCUGGUGCGGGCUGCCGCGGCGGGCGCGGCGUGCCGGCUAAGGGAGAAGAAGACAGAGCUCGAGGCCGCGCGCCGGCGCGCUGCGGACCUCGAGGAAUGGGUCCGGCAGGCGGCCGCCGAGUGCCAGGCGUGGUGCGGCCUCGCGUGGAGCAACGAGGCCGUCGCCGCGGGGCUCCGCGCCACGCUCGACACCCUCCUCCUCCGCGGCGGCGCCCCGGCGCCCGGUGAGGAGGGCUUCGGUGACUCCGACCCAACCUCCCCCACUGCCGCGGCCGACGACGCGCAGUCCGGCUGCUUCGGGGCCAAGGAGGCACCGAUGGACGGCAAAUGGGCGUGCAAGGCGUGCGGCGAGCACGAGGCGUCGGUGCUGCUGCUACCGUGCCGGCACCUGUGCCUGUGCAAGGCGUGCGAGCCGACGCUGGACGCCUGCCCCGUCUGCCUCGCCGCCAAGAACGCCUCCAUCCACAUCGCCGCCAACUGACCGCAUCAGCCGCCGUCCAUGGCUUCUCGCGCGGUCGCGCCUCCGCCGAUCUCGCUUACUAACUUCAGUUGAGUAAUUAGUCAGCUAGAUUAGACGAAUUAAUCUCGUUCCUUCUGUUCUUUUGGUGUGAUCCCUAUCCUAAGUCCUGACGUAAAAUUACCGCUCGGUGGAAAUGAAAGAUCGAAUAAGACUUUUGAGUACUGAUGUUACA